GAGAAGGAAGAUGGAGAAACGGCCUGGCGAGAAGGGGAGGAUAAGGGAGGAACAAGGCUAUCAGCGGGAGCAGGUGGUCCAGGAGAAAGUUCAGGAGAAAGUUCAGGUGCCAGUGGAGGAGUUGCACAGGCCUGGCAAAUCGACGGGCAGUGGAAGGGCUUUCCAAGAGGAGACAACGGAGCAGGAUACGGAGCUGGCGCAGAAACGGGCGUGCGUUGGAGGGAAGGGGGCACAGGAGGGAGAAAAGGAGAGAGAAGAGAAGGUGGCAAAGGAGGGGGAAGAGAAGGGAGGGAAAGAGAGGAGCGAGGAUGAAGCAGAGGAGAGCAGGCGAGAAGGACAAGGGGAGGAGAGAGAGGGGAGUGAAGGGGACCGGUACCACUGGCUCAAGUACGGACAGAAGGUGCUGAUGGAGAGAGUUUAUGCACGGGCCUAUUUCCGCUGCGCGCAGCACGCGGCGGGGUGCCAGGCCAAGAAGACCAUGGACAUACCCUUGCAGAAGCCCCCUCCCAGCUCGCCGCAGCCGCAGCCCCAGGUGGCGUUUCUCGGGCAGCACUCGCACCCUCCUCCCGACAACCCCCGCCGCACAACCCUCUCCCUGGCUGCUCGGUUUGCUGCAGAGUUAAAGGAAGAGAUGCGAUCUGAAGCUGCUGCUGCUGCUGCUGCUGCGGGUGCGGGUGCUGCUGGUGCGGCUGCUGCCGCUGCUGCUGCUGCGGGUUCAGGUUCUGCUGGUGCGGCUGCUGCUGCUGCUGCUGCUGCUGCUGGUGCUGCUGCUGCUGCGGGUGCGGCACCAGGAACAGCAGCAGCUACCGGUGCAGCUUCUGCUGCAGCCUCUGCAGCUGAUGCUACUGCCACUCCGGGUGCUACUGCCGCUAAUGCUGCCACUGUUACUGCUGCUGCGAAUGAUGCUGCAGCAGCUGCACCAGCAGCAACUGCACCAGCAGCAACUGCACCAGCAGCACCUGCACCAGCAGCAACUGUGGCAUCUUCUGGCCCUGCUCCCACUCAUGGCAACAAAGAUCCCAUGGGCGCUCUUGCAAGAGCUCGUGCUCUUGCCAAGAGCAGCUUUGGCACUUCCAGUGCUGCAGCUGGCAUGCCACAAGUUGGAGGUGCCAGGGGGCCCAGCACCGGCAGCAGUUCCUUUGUGCCGGCUAAAACUGGUGCCAGCCUACCACCAGCACUUCACAGCGCUGGUGGCAGGGGGCCCGACAGUUCUCUGGAGUUUGGGCUUGGAAGGAAAGUGGCCACAGCAGGGGGGAGCAGCCGGAUGCAUCAGUCAUCAUUCCCCCUGGUGCAGUCUGGUGCCAGUAACGCUGCCUGCACCAACAGCAGCAGCAGCAGCAGCAGCAGGGGCAGCAGCACCACCACCACUACCACCACCACCACCACGAGCACCAGGAAAUCAUUUGUGCUGGCUGCUAGUGGUGCCAGCCUGUCACACUCGCAUGACAGCAAUUAUCCGCUGCAGGGUGGCAUUGCGGCAACCAGUGACAUGCUACUGGCGUUGGCAAGCAGCUUCGUGGGAAGCACACCAGUAGCAGGAGCAGCAGGAGCAGCAGCAGCAGCAGGAGCAGGAGGAGAGGGAGGGGCGGGAAGAGCAGGAGCAGGAGGAGCACGAGGAGCGGCAGCAGCAGCAGCAGCAGCAGCAGGAGGAGGAGGAGGAGGAGGAGGAGGAGGAGGAGGAGGGGCAGCAGCAGGAGCAGAAUCAGGAAUAUCCACGCCUUUGCCGCGCGCUGUGCCAGGCUGGGAUGUAGGCAGGCUGGCAGCAGCAGCUGCUGCAGCACCCGCACAGAACUUGUUUGUGGGGGCUCUACCGAAUGUGGCUCAGCAAUGGCUGCUGUGGCUGCAGCAGCAGCAGCAGCAACAGCAGCAGCAACAGCAGCAGCAUCAGCUACACGCUGCUGCCAUCCUUGCUGCUGCCCUUGCUGCGGCUGCCAAUACCCCCUCUGCUGCGGCUGCUGCUGCUGCUUCUGCUGCCGCUUCUGCUGCCGCUUCUGCUGCUGCUUCCUCCGCUUUCGCUGCCACUGUUAAUGCUCCACUGCCAAACAGAUUCACUGCCGCAUCGACCACCUCAUGCACUGGUAUGCCACCCACACACCCACUCAUAACUGCACGUGAGGACUGUACAGGUGCUGCGGCCUCAUAUCACAGCACCCGGAGGGUGAUGAAGGGGGAAGCAGGGGAACCAGGGGAAUUAUGUUGUGAAGGAGGAGGAGAGGCGCCCCAGGGACCAGAACAGGUAAGAUACUUUCCGACAGCUCACUCGACUCCCAGUGCUGCUGGUGCUGUGGCCAAACUUAUCUCUCUCGCUGCUGCAGUGACUGCUGGGCAUCCUGCUGCACGGGCAGCACCAGCCCACCUGGCUGCUGGGCAGCAGCAGCAGCAGCAGCAGCAGCAGCAGCAGCAGCAGCAGCAGCAGGUGGCACCAUUACCUGCAACAUACGCACCCAGGGAGGGUUCUUCUCUACCGGUCCGGUCCUCUCCGAACCUGUCCUCUCCGAACCUGUUCUCUCCGAACCUGUCCUCUCCAAACCUGUCCUCUCCGGUCUUGUCCUCUCUACCCAGGGCAAUGCAGGAUGAAGCCAUUCCUGCAUCUCUUGUGCUUGCACAAUCAUCCAAAGCUCCAGCAUCAGCUACAGCUGGAGCGUCGGUUAGAGCUGCACUAUCAGUCACAGCUGCACCGUCAGUUAAGGCUACACCAUCAGUUGCAUCAACACACUCAGUUACAGCAUCGAGCCUUGCUGACACCGUCAUCCUUGCUGCAUUCUCUGCUGCAGCUGCUUUCCCUGCACCGACCACAUACGCCGGAGCUGCGGCUGCUGCUUCAUCUAUGCCACACAAGCAGCUAGCACCAGCUCAGCUUCCGCUGGCUCAGCCGCCACUGCCAGUUCAGCAACCUGCAACUAGCCAAUUUCGCCUGGCAUGUACCGGUACUUGCUGGUCGGAUAGUGUGCCUGUGAGUGGUAGAGGAGGGGAGGGAAGAAGUUUGCCGGUGAGCACUCUGCAUCCUUUGCAGUACCUGCCUGAUGCAAAGCCGGUUCAAGCAUCAGGCAGUCAUCACACGGUUACGCCACAGACGGAUUGGUCUGGAGAUAGUAGAGGCGGGGAGGGAAGGAGCGCUUACCAUUGUAACGAAAGGACAGCUGUGGACAAGGCCCAGAGCUCUGAGAAUGAUGGCAAUGCCAGUGCUGCAGUGAAGAUGGAUCUUGAUCUAAAUGUGUAACAUAAAUGCAUGACUUAUGUACACUUCUAUAGGAGUAAACAUUUUACCAUGGA